AUGCCGAGCCAGCAGCUGGCAAAGUCAUACAGGCGCAAGUAUAAGAAGCUCAUUGAUCAAUUCACCCUCGUCACAGCACGCCAACACCACCUCAACCUACAAGUCACGACGCGUGCGCAAGCUGCUCUCAAACUACAGGCGGAGCUUGAUCUCUUGCUUGAUGUCCUCUUCGACGGCAAUGCAGUCGACUUGAGCGCUAUCAAGGAAGCAGGGAGUCAUGCGGAUUGGGUCAAGGAAGUGCUGGCUGCGCAUGAAGCGACAGCUGCAAAGAAAUCUGACGCUGCCAAUGGGGACUCUAUCGAUUCAUCACUAGUGAUGAGAGAUACUGCUGCUCGUAAUGCGGAGCCAGUAAAGAAGGAUAAGCCUCAGACAUCAGCUGGCCUCGGCAUAGAUCAGGGACAAACAACCCGUGUGCCAGCCUCAGAAGGAGGUCCCUCACAAAUUCUAAUUGACCUGGCGAGUGCAGCACGCGCCAUGCUGGCUGAACAGCGCAAGAUGGAGUUAUCUGUGGGAUACUGGCAUCAACCGCAACCGCCGCACCUCGCGGAUCUACCAUGGGAUCUGGAUUUGGAGAGUAAGACGGGGAGUUAUGUGGAGGAUGUCCAAGCGCAAGUGACACGAUUGAAGCAAGAACGCGCAACGGCUGCUGCAAUGAUGGAGAGAACAGAUGACGCAUCGCCAGUCAUCAAUCAGUCUGCGAGUAAGAAACGUGCUUCUGGUGCUGGCAAGAAGCGCGUAGCUAUGGACGACGAGGAUGACUUUGGUAAGCGUAAAAAGAAGCGUCGACCUGGAGUCUGA